GCGGCGGAUAAAAGCCUCUUCGGGCGCCUGCUUCGGUAUGGCUUCUUUCUCACCCUUACUUGCUUCUGUAUGUUGUGCUGCGCCUGAUCGUGCGCGCAUUCCCUGCGUUAUGGGGCGUCCUGCGCUCCGGACGUUGCUGCUGCUUCUCCUGGCUGCUGUGGGCAGCUGGUGUCCGUCUCCUGAGAGAGAUGGAAGGUCUUGUAAUACUUCUCAGCAAGCUACUUGUGAAGACAAAUGUAUUCCUUUUUCCUGGCUGUGUAAUGGUGAACAAGAAUGCCCUGAUGGUUCUGAUGAGCACUGUGAUGAAGAAUGUCAUGGUGAUGCAAAUGCAUGGCAGUGCAAUGACGGAAAGUGUAUUGCUGCUUCCUGGCUUUGUGAUGGCACCAGUGACUGUAUGGAUGGCUCAGAUGAAAGCAACUGUGUUUGUGCAGAGAAACAAGUUCCAUGCCGGGGAAGUUCUCAGUGCAUUGAUAAAUGGGAAAUAUGUGAUCAGCAUAAAGACUGUGAAGAUGGUUCAGAUGAAGCAAACUGUCCCCUGAGUAACUGCUUGGCUGGACAGUGGCAAUGCAGGAACAGAGUAUGCAUCAUGGAGGACUGGAAGUGCAAUGGCAUCAACAACUGUGGAGACUUCUCUGAUGAAGAAGUCUGUGCUUACUGCCCAGAAGGAAUGAUUCGCUGUGACAAGAGGCAAUGUAUUCUGGCAACUCAGAUGUGCAAUGGAGCAGAGGACUGUCUGGAUGGCACUGAUGAACCCCGUACUUGUGGCAGAAACUGCUCUCUGAACAAUGGAGGCUGCAUGGAGAAAUGUGCAGAGACGUACUGGGGUGUGAGGUGCUUCUGUGGUCCUGGCUGGAAGCUUGAUACAGAUGGUCAGCGUUGUACAGAUGUUGAUGAGUGCUCGGGGGUAUACAGUCCUUGUAAUCAGCUGUGCAAGAACACAAUGGGAUCUUUUACCUGUGACUGUGUCCAAGGAUACCGGCUCUCCAGUGCAACUACUUGUGAGGUUUCAGAUGGUCAUCCCAAAAUCCUGCUGGCUGCUGGCCAAAACAUUGUUGUUCUGGAUAUAUUAACUCACCGACUCGUGGUCCUAGUAUCUACAGAGACAACUCCUAUCUCCAUUGCCAGUGACUUCCUGAGACAAACCUUUUACUGGGUGGAUGAAAGGAAGAAACUGCACGUCUAUGUGCCAGGGAAAAAUGAAGUUCCCCUCUAUCCAGAUGCCAGUGAUAUCCACAGCAUAUCUGUAGACUGGCUUACAGGGCAGCUGUAUUGGGCCAGCAGCUCACCUCCAGCUAUCUUUGUGGGCUUGAGUGAUGGCAGGGGAUAUGUGAAGGUUCUGGAGAAGAACCUGAUGCCAGAGCAGCUGAUUGUAUUUCCAAGGAAAAGGUACAUGUAUUGGGUGAAUCGUGGCAAAAACGGCAGGACUCUAAUAGAAGCUGCAGGGAUGGAUGGCUCGGACAGACACACACUUGCUGUGGCAACAACAGAAGAGCCUAUAGGAUUGACCCUGGAUGAAAUAACUGAUAGACUAUACUGGAUCAGUGGAUAUAAAGAGUCCAUAGAGACCAUGAAAGUGGAUGGUACUGGCAGACACACUUUCCCAGAUAUGUUGUUGAAAGAUCAAGAACCUCUGGGACUGGCUGUGUUUGAGAACUGGUUCCUCUGGGCAGACAAAGGGCACCUAUUCUAUGCAACCCGCACCUCUCCAGGUGUUCCCAGUGUAUUGCUGAACUCGUCAAUAUCUUCAGUUGCUUCAUUCACCAUGAUGCCUGCGCUUCCACCGUCUCAGGAUACUGGAACUGCAUGUGCUUCUGGACUGUGCAGCCACAUCUGCCUCUUGUCACCAGUUCAUCCCAAGGGCUACAAGUGUGCCUGCCCAGAGGGUCUCUUCCUCCUGUCUUCUGGCAAAUGUGCAGAGCUGAAGAUCUUAUUUGCCACUGCUAAGAACAUCUCCUUGCUGCAAAUCAGCCCAAAGGGAAUGGUGUUGCAGCACACCCUGAUCCAGGAGUGGCCAAAACAAAUCUACUUCCAGGACAUGGAUUGGAGCAGAGGCUUAAUCUACUGGACUGAUGACGAAGGAGAACUGAUGCGCUUCAAUAAAGAGACAAGAGCCAAACUAAUUAUUCCUACUAAUUUGCCAGUCUGUUCAGCAAGUGUUGAUAUACCUUCUGGAGACUUAUAUUGGCUGACCUGUGACAGAACUGAAAUCAGAGUAACUACUUUUGCUGGCAUGAUGACCAAGAUCCUCUAUCAUGCCAAAAGGUCUAUAUGGCAUCUGUUCCUCGACUGGGAAAGAGCAUUUCUCUACUGGCUUGAAAGUGGCAAACCUAUUCAGAAGAUGAACCUUGAUGGUAGCAACAUCAAAGAAGUGUGGAAUGAAACCUGGACAGAAGAUGUCCCACUAGCCCUGGACACAAGCUCCAGCAGUGUCCUCUGGAGUUCCAGAGACAUGGUUCUUAAGGAGCUGAACCUCAUCACACACAGAGCACAUAGUCUGAAGAGAAGGUGGCCACAUGGCGUGGCAGCUGCUUAUGGGCCUUAUCUGGUGACACUCAAUGCCACAGCACUUGUGGUCUGGAACAGAAAAGCAAUGGAACCCUCUGUGGUGCAAGUAACUGGUAUACAGAAAGCAAUUAUGGUCUUGGACACAAACUUGGUAACCGUGGAAGUUCUCCCUGUUAAGCCUGCUGCUGUAAGCACUGUUGUGCUUAAAACUGCUACAGCUAAAAGAGUACCACAAACCACAACCUCUGCUUCGACAACCACACCCACUACGACGACCACUACUACGACAACCACUACUACAGUGCCAACUACGACCACUACUACUAUGCCAGCUACAACCACUACCACUACAAUAGUGCCUACUACUACUUCCACAACUACCUCUACUACAACUCGGACCACAAUUGCCACUCCGGCAAAGACCACACACAGGAUACCUGUGGAUUGUGGCUGGGCAGAAAUACUCUGCCAGAAUGGGCAGGAGUGUGUCUCCUAUGAAUAUGUCUGUGAUGGAGAGGCAGACUGUGAAGAUGGGUCUGAUGAAAAUAACUGUUCUAACUUCUGUAAUAGCCCAGGAAUCUUCCAGUGCCAGAGUGGCAACAGAUGCAUUCAAGAAAAGUAUCGUUGUGAUGGGGUGAGCCACUGCCCUGAUGGCUCCGAUGAACUGGAUUGCUGGACCCCAACAGCGGACUGCGCCCUGCGCUGUGACUUCUCGCGUUGUGUGCCCGAGAGUUGGCUGUGUGAUGGGAACUCUGACUGUGCCGAUAAUGCAGAUGAGAGAGGCUGUGUUCAUGAGUGCAACAAACUCCAGUUCCAGUGCAGAAGUGGCCAGUGUGUUUCUCUUUCCCUGCGCUGUGAUGGGGACCAUGACUGCAAGGACCACUCGGAUGAAGAAGACUGCCCAAUUCCCCCCAUUCUACAGCUCUGCACUCCAGAUGAAAUCAGGUGCCUUAGUGGGGAGUGCAUCCUAAAGGACUGGCACUGUGAUGGAGACACAGACUGCAACGAUGACUCUGAUGAAAAGGACUGUCCGUUGCCAAAGUGUGGUGAGGGGCAGUGGAGAUGCAGCAGUGGAGUGGAGUGUAUCCCCGACCUGUGGCACUGUGACGGGGAGACGGACUGCAGAGACCGGAGUGAUGAAGCUGGAUGUCCAUCCAGGAAGUGCAGGGCUGACGAAUUCCAAUGUGGCCAGGGCUGUGUCCAUUUCACUGUGGUCUGCAAUGGGAGACGGGACUGCCAAGAUGGAUCGGAUGAAGGAAGAAACUGCAAUGUGCCAUGUCGAAGAUCAUGCUCCCACUUCUGUUACGAGUCCCCUAGUGGGCCUAAAUGUGCCUGCAAUGAGGGAUUUAGGCUAAGUAGUGACAGACGGACCUGCAAAGACAUCAAUGAGUGUAAAGAGCUGGGACAGAAGGAGAAAUGCAGUCAGACCUGCGUCAACACUUAUGGUAGCCACAGCUGCACUUGCCAUCCUGGCUAUUUGAUGGAACCAGAUGGCCACACCUGCAAAGUCAUUGGCUCUGAGCCAAAACUGCUAGUUGCAGUGCAGUUUGACUUGAUCUUCUAUGGGUUAAGGAGCAUGCAAGAAGAUGUUAUCUUGACGAAUGAUGUGAACCCUGUCUUCUCCAUUGACUAUGACUCGGUGGACCAGAAAGUCUUCUGGAUGGACCUUAAUGCAGAAAGCAUUAAAUGGAUGAACAUGAGAACCAACCAGAGAGGGUCUCUUGUAAAAGGAAUCAAGACUGAUAGCAUAGCGUUGGACUGGAUAGGAAGGAAUCUCUACUGGACUGACGGAACAGCGGGACAGCUCUUGGCUACACGGCUAGAUGGUAUCUGGAGGGGAAAUCCUGACUACACUGUGGUUCUUGAUGAAGACUUGGGCCAGCCUCGGUCCCUGGCUCUCCAGCCUCUGGAAGGGCUAAUGUAUUGGUCUGAAAUAGGAGAUUAUCCUCAAAUAGAGCAAGCUGGCAUGGAUGGAAGCAGCAGAAAUGUCCUAAUUGCUGGUGAACUUGGUUGGCCCACCAGCAUAACUCUAGAUCUCUUGAGCUGGAAAAUCUUCUGGAUGGAUGAUAAAUUCCACUGCAUUGGCUCAGCCAAUCUGGAUGGCACUGGCGUCAAGGUGUUCCAGCUGUCUGAAAUCUAUACGCCCUUCUCAGUGGCUGUCUUCGAAGACUAUGUAUACUGGUCUGAGAUGAAAACAAGGACUGUGCGUAGGGUAGACAAAAGGACUGGAAAGAAUAUGGCAGUUCUUAUCAAGCGCCAUGGGCAGCCGUAUGGGCUAAAGGUAAUCCAUGAAGUCCUCCAACCAGCCGCAACAAAUCCCUGUGUGGGAAAUGGCUGCUCACACCUGUGCCUAUUGAACCCUGAUAAAAAAGGAAGCUGCCGCUGCCCCAUUGGACUUCUGCUUUCAGAUGAUGGGAAGACUUGUGUUUCUCUGAAGGACUCUGCGUUUGUGUUUCUAGUUGCGGAAACAACUAUUACUGAGAUCUACCUGAAGAAACUCCGCUCCAGAGCAGGGCAAGUGACUCUUCCUGACCACACUACUCUCCCCUUGACCAACAUUACCCACCUGACAGCUGUAGAUUACUCUCUACAAGAUUCGGCACUCUACUUCUCCGAGUUUGAGGGUGGCUUCAUUAGAAGGUUAAACAUCAAGGAUCCUGCAAGGGUGUCCUGGACAAUCCUGCCAGUUGAGGGCACUGUUGUCUCCCUAGCUCUGGACUGGCUGAGUGGCAACAUCUACUGGAUUGGCAGCAGGUACCCAUCUGUCCAGGUAGCAACCUCAAACGGCUUCUACACAUACGUGCUGAUGAGUGACGGGCUUUCCCGACCCACCUCUGUGGCGCUGCACCCCCCAAGUGCAGCUAUGUGUGUGGCUGACUUGGGUGCUAGGAGUGGCAUGCUUGGUCCCAAGAUAGAGUGUGCAUCUAUGGAUGGGAGCCGGAGAAAGACUCUCUGGAAGAAAACCCAGAUUCCUGUCGGCUUAACAAUAGUGGAUGCCGGCACUCGGCUCUACUGGGCUGACCAAGCAAAAGGCACCGUAGAAAGCAUCCACAUGGAUGGCUCCCAGUUCCAAGUCGUUCGGGAAGGGCUGCGUAACAUCGCACUCUUUGCAGCCGGGGAAGGAAUGAUGUUCUGGACAACAGUGGCACGUGGUGGCUCAACCAAGGUAUGGUACAGCAAACUGGAAGUGAAAGAGAACUGGUGGUUCCAAGUGGACCAGAACCUUGUGGAUAUAAAGAUCUACAGCAGACUAAACCAACAAGGUAGCAAUGGCUGUUCGGAAAACAAUGGGGGAUGCAGCCACAUCUGCUUACCAGUUCCUCAAGGCAAGAGGAGCUGCAGGUGCACCACUGGGUACAAUCUAGAACAUAGUACUGAAUGCACUAAAGCCCUAAGAUGCUCGGAGCCACUUCAAGCCUGCAAGGACAACAGUAAAUGUAUUAAGAAGGAGCAAGUCUGUGAUGGUAGUGCCAAUUGCCCUGAUGGAUCUGAUGAGACUGGCUGCAGCUACACUGUCAAGAAGAAACCUCGGUCCACAAGCCCAUCUUGGACAACGUUGCUGCAAACCAAACAAUAUCCUGGUAAGAAAAAAACAUUGGCCCCUAUGAGAACCACAGCCGCAAAACCUACGAUGGCACCAGCACUCCCUCCAAGCGGCGGUCCGCAGACCAGGUUAUCCACACUACAGAAAUGGCAGGAGUCGUCUCGGACACAGGGAAUUGUGAAGGGUGGUCUGGAGUCACAAGCUUGUAGCAGUGACACAUGUCACAUGAGAGGAGACUGCACCAUUGAAGACAACAGAGCCAAGUGUCGCUGUCUGUUGGGCUACAGUGGUGACUAUUGUGAAGAAGAGGAAAGCUCUACAGCAGGUUCCACUGUUCUGGGUAUUAUUGUGUUCUUGCUUGUUGCUAUGGCAGCAGCAGGGGCCUUCGUCUACUUCCGGAAACAUAGCCCUCGCAAAAGGUCUUCAAGUACAAGCUCCUCUAGAACACUGACCACCUACCAGAAAGAGAGUGAAUCUGAAGCAGAAGUCCACUUCGUAGAAGACGAAACGUGUAUCAAUGAAGCCUAUCAGCCAGAACAAGAACUGGAAACUCCUCUGAAGACUGAAAAAGACUUGUAAAAACAAAAAUAAAAUGUGCAAACUUGCUUACAA